AUGAAGGUCAUCAAAGGUCAAGAUAUUGGUGUCAACUGUAGACCAGAGGCUGUAGUAGGACAACCAUACAAUUUACAGUGUACUAAUAUACCAGAUACUCUUACCAAAGCAUUAAAUGUAUUUCUUCAGGGUGAUACAAGCAAUAGUAUAAUAUAUUGUGUUACAUCUAAAAAUUGUGUUCCACGGAACAGUUCAUUAUACAGUGUUGUAUCACCACACACUGAUUCAUUCAAUUUUACUAUAAAGAGUAUAACAACAGAUGAUAUUGGUAAGAAAGUGUAUUGUGUAGAUGAUAUAGAACUAGAUCUUUCUACUCCAAAACCAAGCUGUACAAUUGAACCUCCUCCUUCAACUACUGGUAUGUUAUAUUUUUUAUAA